CCAGGUGCAGAUGCUUGGAUCAAUCUGCCUGCAGGGCCAACUGCAUGGGGCCCUUCAUGUUCUACAAUCCAGGGGCAACAACUGAGAAGGCCCUAUCCCAGGUCACCACCAAAUGAAAUGGUGGCACCCGAAGGUGGACCUGAAGAGUUGCUCUGCCACCACCACAUUAAGACUAUGGGUGCAGAGGUAGUCUCGGGUACAAUGGGCCAUCACUAGCUGCCAGAUGAGAUCAAUCCCUGAUGUGGGCCCUUCUGUCUGCCUACUUUUGCAGAAUUGGCUUUCUACAACUUCAUUGUAGAACUUAUCCUGUUGAUCAGAGCAUGCAAGUGUUUCCGGCUGUGUCUGCGGGGAUUCUCCGGCUUUCAGCUUCUAGAAUAUCAUGAGGGGAUUGAGGAAAAGCAGCAGAGUUCUAGCAUCGUGUUUGAUCGCCAUGAAUUCAGCAUUUCAAAGUUUUGUAGAGGAAGUGAGUGUGUGAACAGACAUCCACACUGAUGCUACACAAGGCCACUACCUUAUUGGUACUUUGAUAUACCUUUGCCAUAUCACAAAUCGGAGCCAUCAGCCAGCCCUUCCUCAUGGAAUUGUGGUUUCAGUUGGAGACAAUCACAUGCACGGAACCUUGUUCAACCUGUGAACAGAAAGAAAAGAGAGCAAAGUUGGGUUUUACUUCUUUAAAAAGCAAACGAUCAUUUUCCUUUAAAAGCAAUCCAAAUAACCAGGAAGCCGCCAGCAUGGAGAACUGAUGCCGAAGUGAAGCAAUUGCAAAACCGCAUGCUGCUUCUGGAAAGUUACCGACAAUAUAGUCCAAAUCUGCAGAGCCUUCUAGCUAGAGUGGUUCGCUUUGAACGGUUUGCACGCAGGAGAGUGGUCAUCAGGAAGGGGCAUAUUGGGUCCAGUUUUUACUUCAUCUAUUGUGGCAUGGUUGCUGUCACAGAUGAUUAUGAUGGCAGCCAUGCUUUUGUAGAUUCAGCCCCAACUCUUAUCCGGAAAGGGCUUUCUUUUGGUGAAGUUGCCUUGUUAAAAGGCACAUUGAGAGUUGCCACAGUUGUCUGUGUGGAAGAAACAGAACUUCUGGUAGUGGAUAAAAAGGAUUUUUUUGCCUACAAACUAGACAUGCAACUUGAGCAAGAAGCCAGAAAUCGCUAUGAGUAUUUGAGAACUCUCAGCCUUUUUGAAACCAUGCCAGAUGAUUCAGUAGAGGAAGUAGCUAAUUUUUGCAAAGUAGAGAGAUUCAACUAUGGACAGGUGAUUACCAAUGACAUUGCAGGAUCAACCACCAUAAUAUUUAUUACAAAGGGUGCUUGUGAGGUUUUGCGACUGGUUGAACUCAGCACUUGUCCAUCUUAUCGCAAGUGGCUUUCUAAACAACUGGGCUUUCCGAAACGCGAACUGCACAUGAAGGAAAGGCGCCAAAUGGGGUCUGAUAUUGCGUGUGUUGAUAGAUUCAAAAGUACCACCUGGAACUCCUUCACUGGGCAGAAACUGAGUGAGCUGAAAGAGUACUAUACUAGUCAGCCACUGAAUAAGCUUUAUGAAGGCUAUGAAAGGCAAAGUUCUAUUUUCAAGAACCAUAGAAGUGUUUUGAUAAAUGUGGAACCUUGUGUUAUUGAGAGUCUGGAUUAUGGGCAGCAAGAUGAUGGAAAAGAAGUUGUUCAAAGUGUUGUAUCAGGAAGCCUCAAAAAGAAGCAAGCAUACUAUACUUCCUAUGGAGAUGUGCCAGCUUCCGUUGCUGCAGCUGUGUAUGUCAGAGUGGAUGAACUGCAUAAAGGGGAAUAUAUAACAAAUCUGCAAGAUACCCGUCAAAUGAUUUUGGUCAGUAAAGGAGCUGAGAUCAUCCGUUUCAGAAAAGAAAAGUUUGAGGAACUUAUUGAUAAUGUCACAACAGUAAAAUUAUACAACUUGACAGUUAAAUAUCCCAGUGAUGACGAGUUGUGCCAGGUUUUCCUCCGACACAACGCUUGGGAAAUGUUUAAGAAAGAUUUGUUGAAACUUGUGAUGAAGCCAAAACUCAUGAAGAUGGUACAUCCUCCUGAUCCUCGCCCCACAGAUGAAAUCUAUGAGUCUUGGUUUGUGAAUCAAGCAGGGAUCCUGGAUCUGACUGCUAUACGCAACCAAAAAGAUCUUCCACCAGAGAAAUACAGAUAUAUACCUGUCCAGCCAAAACAAGCAAAAGAGAGCCUACCAGAGAUUGAGCCAAGACUGAUUCAUGGAAUUACUACAGUACGGCCCAGUUUACAUGGAGAAUUUUAGUGGUUCCAGGGUUUUUCGGAUUUACAGAUUAGCAGCACAGAGGCAACUAUGGGAAGUGUGAUAUUGGCAGUGUGCCUGUGUAUAUACAUAUGUACAUACAUAUAUUUGUUAUAUGCAACUUUUCUCUGAUUUUUAUUGGAACAUGCUUUAUUCUUGAGAGCUCUCUUAUGUGAAUUCUAAUGCUGAUUUCACUUUUCCCAGUAUUAGUAUAGGGAGAAUGUUUUUCCUUCAAGUUGGUGUGUGUGCAUGUAUUAAUAAAUUAUAUUUUGUGUUUAUACUGA